AGGAAAGAGAAACCACACCACACCAGCAAGCAAGGGUUGAAGGCAGAGGGAGAGACGCUCAUCUGAUCUGCCUCCGCGCGAUCUCCCCCUCCCACCCCCGCGGCUGAGGCGACGAUGGCGAUGAUGAGCCGGACGCGGGAUCUGCUGAUGGAGGGAUUCGAGGGCCUCGUGCGGGACGGCUCCUUCAACUGGGGCCUCCCCCGCCCCCCCGGGGCUUCGCCGGCGGACGACGCCGAUGACCCCGCCAGCUCCUCCUCCUCCUCCUUCUCCUCCGGCAAGCAGGCCACCGUCCCCGGCCUCUCCCCCAAAGCCAACGUCAUCGUCUCUAGCUGCUCCCGGAUACUUGGCGUUUCCACAGAUGACCUACAAAAUGACUUUGAUAUGCAAGCAUCUGAUUCCAUAAAGCAACCAAGAAACUAUGCAAGAAAUCUUUUGGAAUAUUGUUGUUUUAGGGCACUUGCACAGGCCUCACAAGUUGUAGGGUAUCUUGCUGACAAAAGCUUUCAUCGCCUGACUUUUGAUAUGAUGUUGGCCUGGGAAGUUCCCUCUUCUUCAAGCCAGCUCACUGUCAAGGUAGAAGUAGACAGCACAGUUAGUUUAGAGGCUUUCUCAAGAAUAGCACCUGCAAUUCCAACAAUAGCUGAUGUGGUAACAUUUUCAAAUCUGUUUGAUGUACUUUCAUCUUCAAGUGGAGGUCGGCUUACAUUUCCUGUAUAUGAUAAGUACCUUACAGGAUUGGACAGAGCGAUGAACAAAAUGAAAGGACAAUCUGAGUCGUCACUUUUAUCUGCCCAGCGGUCUCAGAGGGGAGAAAGAAUUGUAGAAGUAGAUGGAACAUUGACGACACAACCAGUACUUGAACACGUUGGGAUUUCUACAUGGCCAGGAAGGUUGACACUUACUGAUCAUGCCCUUUACUUUGAAGCACUUCGGGUUGUAACCUAUGAUAAGCCUAAAGCUUAUGAACUUGCUGAAGAUGUAAAACAGUCUGUUAAACCUGAGCUGACUGGCCCAUGGGGCUCACGGUUAUUUGACAAAGCUGUUAUGUAUAAAUCAACAACUUUAACAGAACCAGUGAUCAUAGAAUUCCCAGAGCUGUCUGGCCACUCUCGCCGUGACUAUUGGCUGGCUAUUAUAUCAGAAAUUCUUUAUGUCCACAGAUUUAUUAGGAAGUUUGGCAUAAAUGGAGUUGAUAAGGAGGAAAUACUUUUGAAGGCUAUACUAAACAUUAUGCGGCUGCAAGCUAUUGAAGAGUUAGCCAUUCCAGUUUCCAGUCGAUUUGAGUCCCUUUUGAUGUUUAAUCUGUGUGACAAACUUCCUGGAGGUGAUGUAAUACUUGAAACACUAGCUGGUACUAUAUCAUCGAGAAGCUCAGCUCGAGUUAACCGUCCUGGCACUAGCAGUGGAAGGCAUUCAAUGUCCCGCUUUGCUGUUCUGUCAAAUCUGGGAGUGGUAUCACGAAAUAAUAAUGACGAGAGACUCUUUGUUGGUGAGAUAGUUGUCGGGGAAAUGAGUGCCUUACAGAAGGUAGUUACUGAGUCAAUGAACAACUAUAAGAAAGUCGAAUUGGCCCAAGCCACAGUUGAUGGAGUCAAAGUUGAUGGCCUGGAUACAAACUUGGCGGUGAUGAAGGAAUUGCUAUCUCCCAUAAGUGAACUUUGGAGGUUUUUGGUGUUGCUGGCAUCUUGGGAUGAGCCAAUUAAAUCCAUGGUAUUUUGUUUGUUGUCAUCCUAUAUCAUCAUCAGGGGGUGGUUGGUCUAUUUUCUUGUUCUGGUGCUCUUGUUUUCAGCAACUUUCAUGUUCCUUACGAGACUAACAAGUCAAGGAAAACCAAUGAUUGAGGUCAAAGUGACAUCUCCACCUCCAAUGAACACGAUGGAGCAGCUCUUAGCUGUUCAAAAUGCUAUUUCCAAAGUUGAAGAGCUUGUUCAGGAUGCAAAUAUUGUUCUUCUGAAGACAAGAGCUCUGUUGUUAGCUUUUCCCUCCCAGGCCACUGACAGAGCUAUACUUUCGCUGGUAGCGAUGGCUCUGAGCCUUGCAUUCGUGCCCACAAGGUUGCUUGUCCUGAUGAUGUUUCUGGAGGUAUUCACGAACCAUUCCCCGCCAAGGAGAGCAAGCACCGAGAGGUGGACCAGAAGGUUAAGAGAGUGGUGGUUCAGCAUUCCUGCAGCUCCAGUAGUUGUGGAGAAGGAUAAAGAAGACAAGAAAACAAAAUAAAAGCCGUGUGUGUAUUCAGUGUAGUUCUGUGCCAUCUUUGGCCGGUGGGUUGGGAUGGAUCACCAACGCCCCUCUUGUACAGUAGCAGUUAGAAUUUUCAAUAAAAAUGCUAGUUCACCUAGAAA